CUUUUGGAUCUAAUGCGCAGAGGAGGUUGGCCCAGAGCUCCCGGGCUCCCCCAAGGCUGAACUCCGUCCAAGGUGCCCGCAGGCUCCCUGCCCGCCUUCCCCAUGCCAGCCCGCAGCUAGGGGCAGGGGCAGCGGCGGCUGGGGCUGGGGGUGGGUGGGGAGCUUUUGGGGAGGACAGGUCGCAGCUUGGCUAUGGAAGGCUCCAAUGGCUUUGGGAUCGACUCCAUUCUCUCCCACCGCGCGGGCAGCCCCGCCCUUCCCAAGGGGGACCCCUUGCUCGGGGACUGCCGUUCGCCCCUGGAGCUGAGUCCACGCUCAGAGAGCAGCAGCGACUGCUCUUCACCAGCCUCUCCAGGAAGGGACUGUCUGGAGACAGGCACCCCACGGCCCGGCGGGGCAUCCGGCCCAGGUUUGGACUCCCACCUGCAGCCCGGGCAGCUCUCAGCACCGGCCCAGUCGCGCACCGUCACCUCCUCCUUUCUGAUCAGGGACAUCCUUGCCGACUGUAAACCACUUGCGGCCUGUGCACCCUAUUCCAGCAGCGGGCAGCCGGCAGCCCCUGAGCCUGGUGGCCGUCUUGCAGCCAAGGCCGGCGAGGACUUUAGAGACAAGCUGGACAAAAGUGGUAGCAAUGCUUCGUCAGACUCUGAGUACAAAGUGAAGGAGGAAGGUGACCGUGAGAUCUCCAGCUCCAGGGACAGUCCUCCGGUGCGCCUGAAAAAGCCACGCAAGGCACGCACGGCCUUCACUGACCAUCAGCUGGCGCAGCUAGAGCGCAGCUUUGAGCGGCAGAAGUACUUGAGUGUGCAGGACCGCAUGGAGCUGGCUGCCUCCCUCAACCUCACCGACACGCAGGUCAAGACCUGGUACCAGAAUCGUAGGACUAAAUGGAAGCGACAGACGGCCGUUGGUUUGGAGCUGCUGGCGGAGGCAGGCAAUUACUCAGCGCUCCAGCGGAUGUUCCCGUCGCCUUAUUUCUACCCGCAGAGCCUAGUUUCCAACUUGGACCCGGGCGCCGCGCUCUACCUGUACCGCGGCCCCAGCGCGCCGCCGCCCGCCCUGCAGAGGCCUCUGGUGCCCCGCAUCCUCAUCCACGGACUCCAGGGCGCCGGCGAGCCGCCCCCGCCGCUGCCACCGCUGGCCGGCGUCCUCCCGCGCGCCGCGCAGCCUCGGUGAGGUCUCCGCCCCGCACGCCUGUCGGAGGGCGCGGAGUUCGAUGCCCCUUCCAAGGAAGGGGCCCUGCGCGGUGUCCCCGACCGGCCCGGACCCGGACUUCGUCUCCCUAGCCCUUCUUGGCGUCCGCUCCCCGGGCUGGCUGCUCCACCCGGGAGCCACUUCCACCCGCUGGGUGUACUCGCGUCUCUGCCCCCUCCCCGCCCCCGGUCUCUGCCGGCUCCCCAGGGCGCCCCUUUCCUUCCCUGGAGCUGGUGGGGUUCAAGCUCGUGCUCUGCUCCCUCCCUUCCCUGCUGCAGCAGCAGACCAACCCUUCUUCCCGCACCCUGCCGGGGAGGGAAGGGGCGUGCAGAGCUCCCCACCCUCAUCCCGGUGCCGGGCCGGCGGCUGGGCUGUACAUACCGUGUGCAGAGUGUAUAUGAAGUUAUUUAUUCGUGAUCCAUGAGCCCGUGACCGUGUCCGUGAAUUAGUGAGUUUGUGGCCUGUGGCCUCCACCCCUUCCCAGGCGGGGCAGGAAGGGGUCGUAGGGGCUCGUCCACCCACCUGACCCCAGCCCCCACCUCUGGCCAGGCUUGUCGGGUUCUCCCUUUUUUAAAUGUCUAAAUAAACUUCUUACAAACGA